CGAGGAGCGACGGCCCCAUUUACAUCAUCAAGCUUUUCUCCGUUGGGACGAGGCUCCAAACAAUGCAUCGGUGGCAUCCACCCUGCCGGAAACCGACACCCCCUUUUUUCUGGCUGUGGAUGCGUUGAGGUGCAGAAGUGCCUACCUGGUAAGGUAGGUACAUCCGCCUAUCCCGUCAUGAUGGAUGUGCUGCCGUUACGCCCGAGAAUUGGCCACCGUCCCACAGACUUCCAUGGCGUGAACAUCCUGCCCAAGACGUGAUUUUUGGGUUCCGGUGGGUCUGGGCUGGCCGUGUCUGUCUGCAACUGAGCCACGCGUGGAUCUGGAAGACCCUCAGAAGCUUUCCUUGUGGGAUCCUUGCCGCUGCUCUACUGCGCCUUAUAACUACCUCGACGCCCGCCGUCACUUUCCCGUCACUCCAACGCGGCAUCCGGUUCGCCGUACUUCAGGAAAUCUUACCCAAGGUCCCUGACUUCCACGCGUGGUUGUCAUUCCUGGGAAGAUAGGACUACCCACAUUCCACCAGCUCUUAAAUCUUCACCGGCACGAUGACCAGGUUCAACGACAACUCGCAUGCGGACGGGAGCUUGUCCGACGUUAAGAAGGAUGGCAAGCCCGCGGUGACUGGCGGGGAGGCAGAUGUUGGCGUUGGCCACCUCGAGCAGGCGCGUGAGCAAAAGAGGCAGAUCGGCAUCCUGACGGCCAUCUUCCUCAUCUUCAACCGCAUCGUCGGCACCGGCAUCUUCGCCACGCCCGGCAGCAUCCUCGUGGCCACGGGCAGCGUGGGGCUCUCGCUCUUCAUCUGGGUCGCCGGCAUGAUCAUCGCGCUCGCCGGCACGGCCGUCUACAUCGAGUGGGGCACGGCCAUCCCCAAGAACGGCGGCGAGAAGAACUACCUCGAGUACGUGUUCCGGCGCCCGCGCUUCCUGGUCACGGCCAUGUACGCCGGCUACGUCAUGCUCCUCGGCUGGGCCAGCGGCAACUCGAUAGUGUUUGGCGAGUACAUCCUGCACGCCGCCAACGUCGAGGUCGGCCGCUGGAACCAGCGCGGCGUCGGGCUCGUCUGCAUCACGGCCGCCUUCCUCAUCCACGGCCUGGCCCUCAAGUGGGGCAUGCGCCUGCAGAACCUGCUGGGCUUCAUCAAGCUGGCCAUCAUGUUCAUAAUCAUCGUCAGCGGCUGGGUCGCCCUGGCCGGCCACCUUAAGCUUCCCGAGGACAAGAAGCCGCGCAACUUCGAGAACGCGUUUGAGGGCACGACAAGCAGCGCCUACGGCGUCGUCACGGCGCUCUACAACGUCAUCUGGUCCUACAUCGGCUACUCCAACGCCAACUACGCCCUGAGCGAGACCCGGAACCCGGUCCGCACCCUCAAGAUCGCCGCGCCCGCCGCCAUCGUCUCCAUCUCCAUCAUCUACAUGCUCAUCAACGUCGCCUACUUCGCGGCCGUGCCCAAGCAGGAGAUCCUCGAGGGCGGCCGGCUCGUGGCGGCCUCGCUGUUCCGCAACGUCAUGGGCGGGCCCGCCGAGCGCGUGCUGUCCGUCUUCGUGGCGCUCUCGGCCUUUGGCAACGUCCUCAGCGUCAUCUUCUCCCAGGGCCGCCUGGUGCAGGAGCUGGGCCGCGAGGGCAUCCUGCCCCUGUCGCGCUUCUGGGCCAGUAACCGGCCCUUCAACGCGCCCCUGGCGGGCCUCUUUUGGCACUGGCUCAUCUGCGUCGUCACCAUGCUGGCCCCGCCCCCGGGCGACGCCUACAACUUCAUCGCCAACCUCAUCACGUACCCGCUCUCCGUCAUCAACGUCUUCGUCUCGGCCGGCCUGGCCUACCUGUACCUCAACCGCGCCAAGUGGGACUGGGCCCCGCCCUACAGCGCCUCCCUGCCCGUCGUGGUCUUCUUCCUGCUCAGCAACGUCUUUUUGGUCCUGGCCCCCUUCGUGCCGCCCGAGAACGGCGGCAACGUGUACAAGGAGCUGCCCUACUGGCUCCACUGCGUCGUCGGCAUCAUCAUCCUGAUCGCCGGCGCCUUUUACUGGCUGUUCUGGGCCGUCAUCCUGCCCAAGAUUGGCAAGUACGAGCUCAUCAGGGAGGUGCAGGUGGACGAGAUUGACGGCUGGGAAAGGAACGUCUUCUCGAGGAGACCCCUGGGCGAGAGGGUCGAGACAGAUGGCGAAAGCAGCGCAUCGGCGGCCAGGUAGGCUGCAUCAUGUUGCGCUUUCAUGAAUUGAUUGUAUCAACUACAAUAAUAUGCCCGGUAGUGGCAAGCUAGAACAGAGAUACCCCCUAGUGCAACCUACACAUUGUACAUGAUUGAUUAUAUAAAAUUCUAAGGAUUCAACACAUA